GUAUGGUCCCCGCCGUCGAUGCCUCUGCAUCCUCGUACACGCCGUCGAAUAGCUUGCCGGCCGAGCUCCAUCUCCUCGUCGAUUUCAUUGCGGACGACAACCGCCCCACCUUGAUCCUAGACGAUGCGACAACCGAAAUCGUGUACUGCAACACGGCCUUUGACACCUUCACAGCCACCGUAUCUUAUGCCUCCUGGCUCGAGUCGCUCCUCGAUACAGCGCGUAGUGGCACACGACCUGAGCCACACACCACGCAGGAACUUGGCUCUUUUGCCGAACAAUCAUGGUCCAGAAAGAGCAUUGCAUCGUCCUGGACUGCCAUCACUUGUCUGCCACCAGCACACCACAAUCACCAUGUCGGAACGCAACCAGACCAGCCACAAGCCUUGCCGCUACAAAGCUCUCUUCUUUCGACCACCAUUCCUCUGAGACGUCAAGAGUCAGAUUCCGCUUCGACCACUUCCGUCUCGACAAACACAUCUAGCACAGGAUCUUCUGACAUGGACACGCCCUUCGAGGACCUGACCGUAGACUGGCUGUUGUAUCCGAAACCUUCCCCAGAUCCCUGGCUCGACUNNUUUGUGAUCAACCACAACUGGGAAGAUAAACCCGUCGGUCCUAUACAUUCUUGGCCUCCCAUACUGAGACAAAUGUACACGACAAUUCUGGCUUCGAGAGAGCCUCGUGUCCUGUACUGGGGGAACGACAUGGUGUUAUUCUAUAAUGAAAAGGCUAGGUUCGUAGUGGGAGAAUUACAUCCCGUCUCACUUGGCGAGCCCCUUCUGUCAGUCUUUGGCGAAGACGUCCAUACGAAGAUUGUCAAAAUGAUCAGGUCUGGAAUCAAGCGAGGAAAGCCCAUUGCUCAGAGGAACUAUGAACUCAUCUUGACACGACAUGGCUUUCCCGAAAGCUGCUUUUUCGAUCUUGUCUUCCUUCCUGUUCCCUCGCCCAAUGGCUAUUAUCUGGGUGUUCUUGUCGAGUUCACCGAGAUUACUGAGAAAGUCCUCCAGAAAAACCGCCAAGAAGUCUCUAGAUCCUUGUUGCAGUCUUUUUCAAAAGCUACCGAUCUACACCAUCUCUGGCAAACCUUUGUGCAAUCUCUCAAGUCAAAUUCUCGCGAUCUGUCUUAUGCAGUCGUGUACACGGCGACUGAGAGUCUGGGUGAACAGCAUGCAGGCACGUUCCAGCUCAAGGCUUCCUGCAACGUUGAUCAUUUGCAGAAACAUCCGUCAUCUAGCAUUGUUGAAGCUUUGAAAGCUUCUCACACCGAGGUCUUCGUUCUUCAGCAGAGCAAGAACUCCCUACCACUGGAUCUGGCAGCAUUCAUUCCUGACAUUGGCACCGUCGACACAGCUUACGUCUUGCCCAUUGUGGCUCUGGACGGCGUACAUAUCCGCGCUAUCGUAGUGCUAGGCCUCAACCCAAGAAGAGCCAUAAGUCCAAGCAUUCGCCAAUUUGCAGAAUCCAUCCGUGACAUGCUUUACAAAUCGGCUGCGCUCUUCUCGCUUCCCAUGGAGCAGCGAGAGUCUCGUGAGAUUUCUCUAGCUCUCACUCGCCAGUUGGAGACCAUGACUAUCAAAGCUCAGGAAAGCGAACAAAAUUUCACCAGAAUGUUGCGCGAUGCGCCCAUCGGCAUGUGCAUGCAUCGAGACGAUGGCCACUGUGUAUACGUCAACGACGUAUGUCUCGAGCUGCUCGACAUGACCAAAGCCCAGUUUUACAAGGCUGCUGAAGUUGGACUGGCCUGGCGAGACGCUGUACACGACGAAGACUGGGAGAUAGUCAACCGAAUCUGGAGAUCUGCAAUCGAGAAGGGAACGGCUGUGAGUGCCGAGUUUCGCGUCAAAGCACAAAAGCCGCAAAGCGAGGUCCGCUGGCUGGAAAUUAGUGCUCAGCAACGACUUGAUAGAGAGGGUAACUUGGAGCAUCUAUAUGUUUGGCUUAGAGACAUAUCCAGCGGCAAACAGUUGGCCGAACAAAAGUUGCAGGACGCGUUAGAGACCAAGAGGAGAUCAGAAAUCUUUAUCGACAUGUAUGCAGGCGACAUGAGCAAGGUGGCAGUCCAGCCGGCUAAUUUUCAACAGGNNGUAUCACACGAGAUGCGCAAUCCUUUGGGGGCUAUCUUGUUACUUGCUGAUGGCAUCCUAACCUCGCUGCCUCCGGUGUCAGAUAGCGCUCAAGCUACCGUGCUGACACCUGAUUCACGACACACGCUUAUUGAUAUUGCAGCCAGCAUCCAGCUAUGCGCCAAUCACCAAAAGGUCAUUGUCGAAGAGAUUUUGACGUUUAGUCGGCUGGACUCUAAUCUUUUGGUCCUUGCACCUGAGAAGGUCCGGCCAUCCGAAACAGUGCAAACAGUACUAAAAAUGGUCAAACCCGAACUUGACUACGACCAUAUUCAAAGCUCGAUGGAAAUCCAACAGAGCUACAUUGAUCUGGCAAUAGACAACGUUCUACUUGACCCAGGCAGACUCUCACAAGUCAUUCUCAACCUGAUGACCAAUGCUGUUAAGUUCACCAAGAACUCAGACAAGCGACAAAUCACAAUUGGCCUCGCUGCAUCACGGACAAGGCCAACCGCCGAUGACUGCCAGGUUACGCUUGUAAAGCCUCGAACAGACAAAUUGCAGAGGGUAGCAAGACGAAUGUCAAUUACUGAUGAUCCAAUUGGUGAAGAUGUCUAUUUGAUCUUCAGUGUCCGGGAUACUGGCUGCGGGUUGACAGCAACCGAGAUGGGCCACCUCUUCCACAGAUUCACUCAAGCUUCACCAAAGACGUACAAACAAGUUAGUAGCGGGCUGGGUUUGUUCAUCAGUCGUGAGCUCGUGGAAUUGCAAGGAGGUCAGAUUGGUGUGAGCAGCGUUCCAGGAGAAGGCUCUACGUUCGCCUUCUUCGUCGAGACUGCUCGGAUUGAGUCACAUGUUGAGCCACUUUCCGCACAACUCGCUCAAACGUCCAUCAAGGAUCAUUUGCGAGUUAUAGAUGAUUCAGCUGCGCGGAAGACGCAAGCGCCAGACCUUCAUGACAACGCCAUUAAUCAAAAAAUCCUUGCUCAGCAGCUUCGCAAGACAGGUUGCGCCAAGGUUCUUGUCGCCGAUCACGGUCUUGACGCUCUCGAAAUACUGUCAACCACCACCUUCCACAAGUCCACUGGCAUACAGCAGACGCCUUUGUCCACCAUUCUCCUUGACGUAGAAAUGCCUAUAAUGGAUGGCUUGACCUGCGCAAGACGCAUUCGAGAACUAGAAUCGACCGGAGAGAUCGUUCGCCAUGUGCCCAUCAUCGGUAUCACAGCAAAUGCUCGUGUCGAGCAGAUUGCAACGUGUAUCGAAGCCGGUAUGGACGAGGUCGUGGUAAGUGAAAAGCCUGAUGACUGGUAUGUCAGUCUGCUGAUGUUAUGUGCAGNNACGAAACCCUUCCGCGUCAUGGACCUUCUACCUCGCAUGCUUGCUCUUGUAGACCACUACACUCCGAGUAUU